GAGAGUAUGAAACUUCAAACUUAUCCAUUGGAAGAUCUAUAAAAGCAGAGCAGACCUCAAUCAGAGAGAGCAGAGCAGCCAUUUAAGCAGCAUAGCAGAAUACAGAUACAGAGAGUCAGAAAUAGGGUAAGGUGAAUUCAUUGAUUCUAGCUGGUGUGACUCCAUAGCAGGAAGAACCAUCAUCAUUCAAAUUUACUGUAUCAUCAUACCUAAAUUCAUUUCACGGAGCAUCUCAAUCUCCGUUCCUCUAUAUAUUCACCAGUCUCUGUGUAUGAAUUCGUGACCAAUUUCGCUAUGGCGGCAUCGAACAGCUAUUUCACGACGAGGUCCAACUACCGCUUCCUCCCGGCGGCCGACUGCGACGCCCCAAUCUCCGCCGACUCCAUGUUCGAGCUCGACGAGUCCGACGUCUGGAGCACCGGCCGGCGCGCCUCUCCGGAACCGCGGAAGGCAAUUUCGAGCUCUCGGAUCUCCAGGAGAUCGUCCGCCGCAGGCGGCGGGGGUUUUGUAGGCGGCGGCGUUUCAUCGGGGUCUCUGCCGGUGAACGUGCCGGACUGGUCGAAGAUUCUCAAGGACGAGUACAGGGAGAACCGGCAGCGGGACAGCGACGAUGACGUGGAGGAGGAGGACGGCGGCGAUCGGAUUCCGCCGCAUGAGUUGGUGAGGCAGCAGUUGGCGAGGUCCAGGAUCGCCUCCUUCUCGGUGCACGAAGGCGUAGGGCGCACCCUCAAGGGAAGAGACCUGAGUAGGGUCCGCAACGCGAUUUGGAAGAAAACCGGUUUCGAAGAUUGAGAAAUCUAUUCCACUAACAUCAUCUCUAAGGAAGCUAGGAAUUUUCCAUUUUUUUGUUUAAUUUUCAAAAUUUCCGCUUCCAUAUUUUGUUUUUUCUCUCUAUUUUAAAUCCGUAUAAAUCAAUGCUGUUAUGGGUGAAAAUGAAAUGUAUUAACAUGCAUGCUAUCCAUGCGUUAUGAAGUUAACAUUAUAAAUUAAAUCAGUUCUAUCAUCCCUAUGGUGGAAACUUGAUUUUACCAUUUUGGGAAUGAGUAUUUAUUAUAAAUUGUACUUACUGAUAUAUAUCCUCUGUAUUUAAUAAAUAAUCUGAAUAGUUAUUUCUAUUCAGAGAAAAUGACUUAAAA